CCUGACGUUGUCGUUCAUCUUCAUCCGUCGUCACUCUCUCUUGUUUGACGAGUUUUUGUGGUUUCUUAUUAGGGUUUUUUUUGGGAUCCGCAAUGGCGAAUCUAAUGCAUAGGUUCAUCAAGAGCAAGUCCUGCUUCAAUUCAAUCCAGAGGCUUACUAGUACUCCUUCUCUCUUCACAUACCAGAAGCCCUUCUUCAUCAACAACAUCGAGUCUGCUUUUGAGAAGCCCGAUCCAGUUUCUCUUGUUAACCCAGUGAUUACAGUCUCCCCGAAUGAAUUCGAGAACCAACCUAUGCGGUUUUACCCUAGUUUCUCUAUGGGGUUAUGCUUGAAUCCCAAUAAUAAGAUCCAAGUUCUGGAUCUAGCUGAAGCAACAUCAUUGGAGGAGGUCGAGGAGGAGAAAGAAGCGAAAGAGAUUGUGAUUUACGCUGAUAGUGUGAAAAAGAAGAGGAAGAAGAAGAUGAACAAGCACAAGUAUAGGAAACUCAGGAAACAGCUUGGUCGCAAGUCGUAGAAUUUGCUGCUCCUUUUUUUUUUAUUUGGUGAGAAAUUUCACUCCUUUCGUUUCUUCUGAAUAUGUCUGGGAUUCAAAGGAUGAACCUUUUUUUUCUUGAAUUUAGAACAAAGAGUUUCUAAAUUUCUUUUGAAUAGCUUUGAGAUUCCCAUAUUACAGAUUACAACAUUGCAUUGUCAUUAGUCGUCUGUGUUCUUCUUUUGUUUUGCCAACACAUUUCUAAUAAGAAAAACUGGGCAUUUCGCAUACAUGUGUAGUGUGUUAUGUCUUUAUUAUAACGUCAA